UUGAUUAUUAUAAGACAACGACAUAUGUAACAAUAUAUUCCUGUGUUUAUGUUCUGUAUUAAAUGAGAAGAUUCACUUCUCUCUGAUGACGUAUGUGACACGUAGGGGUCGAUGUUGUGUCUGCCGCCGCAUGGUGGGGGUGUGAACACACACACACACGCCCACACACACAGCCCACAGAAAAGGAGGCAGAGACAAGCAUCCAGUUUUCUUUUUUCACGGACCUUUCGCGUCCCACAUUCAGCAGGAUCCACUGAGGACGUCUGCAGACAACCCACAGCUCACGACUCACUGCUAAGUAGCCCGGCCAAAUCACAGCCAUGUCGAAAGGAUGCAUCACAGUCACCAAGUACUUCUUAUUCCUCUUCAACCUCCUCUUUUUUAUCUUUGGAGCGUUGAUCAUGGGCUUUGGACUGUGGAUACUCUUCGAUAAGGAAAGCUUCAUAGCUGUGCUUCAAGAAUCUUCCGACACGGUGAAGGUGGCUUCGUAUAUCCUCAUCGGAGUUGGAUCUCUGACGAUGGUGAUGGGUUUCUUCGGCUGCCUCGGAGCCAUCUAUGAGAUCCGCUGCCUGCUGGGCCUGUACUUCACCUGCCUGCUGCUCGUCCUCAUCGCUCAGGUCACCGCUGCUGUUCUCAUUUACAUCCAGAGAGAUCCGCUGAAACAUGAGAUGUCCGUCAUCAUCAGAGGAUUGAUAGUGAACUACACGGGUCAGAACAAAACCACAGAACACGCCUGGGACUUCGUUCAGAGGACGAUGAAAUGCUGUGGGUGGACUGGUCCAGGCAACUGGUCUGAGAACAUUCUGAUCAAGAACAGCACGCAGAACCUGUACUCCUGCUCCUGUCGCAACGACACCAUCCCGGGAACCGAAGUCAAAGAGUUUGGCCUGUGUGAGCACCUGUCAGCACAGCCGCCUGUCUUUGAGAUGGGCUGCAUAACCAGCGUGGAAAAAUGGCUGCUGGAUAACUGUGGGAUUAUCCUGGGAAUCUGUAUCGGGGUGGCUGUUGUGGAGCUCCUGGGGAUGAUCCUCUCCAUGUGUCUGUGCAAGAGCGUCGUCCAGGAGGAUUACACCAAAGUACCGAAGUACUGAGCCGAGCACGAAGCCAGCCAGUUCGACACAGAUGGACCGACUCCCCUCCCCACACACACACACACACGCAGCACACACACACACACACACACACACACAUAUAAAGAAAUUAAGACAGCUGUCUUCACUAUUCCAGGUUCUCGUGUCUCGACAGCUGUGCAGAUUUCUCACACACUCAGCCAACAUGUCAGUAAUUCACACUCAGCUCUUCCUCGACACACACGAUGGACUCAUUUGAUGGGAUUUUUUUUUUUAAGGUUAAGAAAAAUCCAGGGUUUCCCCCGGUGUAUGAUAAGCCUGGCGGGCCGCCGGGCUUUAGUUGCUUUGGUGCAAAAGUCCAUUUAGAUUUUAGUUGUUUUUCAGCUGACCUCGGCAAGCGCGGCGUUAGAGCGAGCACUUUAGUGAGAUUUAGCGAUCUGAGAGCCAGAUCAGUAGAUUUCCAGGCAGGCAGAUGGCAGGGAAACCAGAGUGUGUGUUUGUGGGCCCGUCCUACGGAUUACCGUCACCCUGUGGUCUGCGCCUGGUGUUUCUGGUGCUGAGUCAGCGUUCUGCUCGGCGCUGAGGUGGUGGAGGUUUCAGGUCUUGUUGGAAAUCAGCUCUGACCCGGUAACCCUGACAUUGGCUGACCCCUGCUGACCCCAGCUGACCUCUGCUGACCUCUGCUGACCACGCCUCCACGUCAUCCAACUCCCGGCUCUGUAAAGAGCAGAAGAUAGUAAAACAACUAAAUGUGGCUCAAAUGUUUAAGUCAAAUAAAUUUAUCCAGUUUUAUAUUUUGAACCUAAAUGUGAGUUUUUAGUUUAGCACUUAAAAAAAACUGAAAGUAGAAAAAGAUAGGAGUGGGAACUAUUUCCCAGAAUGCUUAGCAGCAUGUUUGUGCGUUACAUUGAUCUGACUCUUGUGUUUUAAGGCAAAUGUUCAUUUUAAAGGCAAAUGUUUAUUUAAUGUCCUGUUCACACUAAAUGUUUCUGAGCUGAAUUCAUUGGGAUGUUUAAAAAAAUUCAUUAUCAGAUCAGAAAUUUUGUUCCUGCAGUUUGAAACAAGAAUUUAAAAUUAUUCUAAAGUAAAAUAAGUAUUUAUUUUAAAUUGAUAUUGUGAGUAAAAUAACAGAGAAAUGUGGCUCUUUAACUCGAUGACGGCAGAUUUUUAGUUAAAACUCACAAUUCAAGAUGAAUGAAGUUAAAAAACAAUGUUUAGACGACUGGUCUCUUGUUGUUAAAUCCACUUUAUGAACUUUAACUUCUGAGUUGAAACCAAAACAAUUUUCUUGUUGAUUUAAAUUGCAUUUUCCAGGCAGCAGGUGGAGUUUCAAGUUAAUCCAGCUUCAAACGUUUUACAGUGUCCGUCGUCCAUCAUCCUCUGAAUCUUCCUGUCAGCUGUUUGUGUGACUUUCUGUUUUAUAUCUUUUAUGUUUUCAUGUCAUGUAAAUAUGUUCACUAUGGGAUUAAGGCACGUUGGUGCUUGGUCAGCAUUUCAUAUGGGAAAGUUUUUCACCCACAUGCUCUUGUUUUAAGAGUCCUACUGUUGUUUCCUCUCGAUUGUUCAGGAUGUGGCUCCCCUUGUGCCUCGUCAGCAUUUAUUCAGUCUGAAAUUGGAGUCCCUGAAGUUGCUCUGUCUUCACUCAUGAACCCACACUGUUAUUUAUAUAACGAUGAAUCCAUUGGAAGUGCUUUUAAGCUCUUUUUUUAAUUUUAAAUAAGAUGAUCGAUCUGGCCUAGAUUAUAUAGAUGCAUAACAAUGAAUUAUUUCAAUUAUUUUAAAUCAGUAAAAUUUAUAAAUUAGUUUCCCACAGCUCAGAAAAGUAUUUGGUGGUUCCACAAACCUUUGAAUUAGUUUUGCUUGAGAAGCACUUUUUCCUUCCACUUAACCUUCCACUAAAAACUCUCCACAUGGUCGCCCACCAUGUGGAGAGUUUUUGUUUUGGAUGUUGCAACAAUGUUGUGCAAUAAAAAUCCUUUUCUUAUUUGUUUUAAUGAAAUAUUGAAAUAUUCUGAUCAACUGAAUUUCAGGUUUCCCUUGAAUGGUGUAAACGAACAGAAAUAAUAUCAUUUUGUGUGAAAUGAAUCUAAAUAAACCUUUAUAAAUUUGAUUCAACUUUGUUUGGACACAUCCAGGAACAUUGGACCAAAAAAAUAAACUAACGGAUAAACCUUAAAAUAAAGCUUCACUGACUGAAAAAUGUUGCUUUGAUUUAUCCAUUUCAUGUAAAAUUAAAUAAUAAAAUUAAAUGUUUUUUCAGGGUAAAUGAAUGCAUUUUUUAUUAAGCUCAUCAGCAUGAAACAGUCAUUUUCAUUUGUUCAUCCCUGCAAACCUCCACAUUAAUUUAACUUGAUGGAAAAUGAAGGAUUUUUGUAUAAAAUGUUUUGUGUAAGGAUUUCAUUUGGUGGAGGGAAAAAAUGUGGAUUUGAAGGCCAUGAGAACGUUUUUAUGUUUUUUAUAUUAUAAUGAAUAAACCUAAACUAUUAUGAACAA